AUGGUCCCCGGGCGGACAUGUAUCUUGGUCGUUAACUCCAUCGCACUGGUUUUCCAAAUUUUCUACAUGAGUGUGUUUUUGAAAUUCGUGGAGACCAAGAAGUCGACUUCUACCCUAUGCGGAACAGUGUUGGCUCUCUACAUCGUCACGAUGUUUGUAGCGUCUCUGACUCCCUCUAUAGUUGCCACUCUGGGUAACUGUUGUGUCAUUGUGAGCAUCUGUAUGUACGCGGCUCCACUGGUGGUAGUUCCCACUAUUAUAAAGACGAAGGACUCCUCGUGCAUGCCUCCGUUAUAUUCUCUCACUGGUAUGGUAAGCGCAACGGUAUGGUUUGGGUAUGGCCUGGCGUCCCAUGAUACUCACGUAGCCGUACCUAAUGGCAGUGGCGCCGUUCUCUGUGCCGUUCAAUUGGUCAUUUGGGCCAUUUACAGAGUGGCUAAAUCGUCUCAGCCGUCAUCCGCCUCUUCUGCCAAUGAUUAUGUCCACAUUCCGGAAAGCGUUAAGUCCCCUGAGUACAUCAGACAUUGCAAGUCCACUAUGUCCGAGUCAACUGUCUGCAGCCUUGAUUAUUUGCUUCUCGAUCCCUGA